UGAACAGAGGGAUGUGCUCAGUCAGUCCGCGUUAGCUUAACUCCUCUGGGCUAAUUAAGUUGUCACCCUAAUGUUCAAUCAACGAAUUACUCAUCGAAUAGCAAGCUAAUCAUAUCGCAAAAACACCAGGAAGGUAUGCUUAUAAAGCAGACCAGUUUCGGUCGUUGUUUAGCUCCCGAGGGGGGUAAAUAGAGCUAUUGUUGUUUUGGCCUGCUACACGAUAUCUUAGCUAAACUAGCUGCAGCCUACAUCUGGCUCCUGGAGAUCCGGUCUUGUCCACAAAACGGCUAAGAAAAUGGCACACCUUGUAAGCUAACUCAGGAGGCCGCCUUGUCGUUAAAAAAGUAAGUGAAAUUGAGGAGUCAGCAAGUUGUUCUCCAGUUAUGAGACUACCCUCAGUGAUAAAACGCUUUUAAAAUGGAGCUGUACUGGUACAUAGUUGUUAUCAUCUUCAUUAUUAUAAAAAUAUUCUUCUACGUGUGCUGGUACCGGUCAAGACAGAGACAGCUGGCAGCGUACCUGAGCAACACACGCAAUGCACAGAUAGUCAUUGUCGGAGGAAGGGCCUACCUUCAUCAGAUGUGUGAGAGACAAAGUCAAACAUCCGCCUGGCCUAAUUGGUAUGGAGUCCAGGAUGACCUGUCGAUAGAGGAACCCUCCCCAGCCCUGCCACCAACCACAUCCAUCUCCCACCUGGACAUGCCGCCACCAUAUGAGGCCGUCUCUGGAGAGGUUGAUCUGAAGCCCCCUCCCUACAGUGAGUGUGCCCAAGGGGACGAAGUCGACGCCCCUCACCCUUCUCAUGUCACGCUUCUGAUUUCUGAGGGCGCAAAUUCUAAUAGUGUCAACGAAGCCCCUCCCCCAUACACACUGAUUCCACCUGCACAAGUCAGUCAACAAGACUGACGAGAUCACAGUGAGUCCCUGUCAGAGCGCAGGUUCACUUAAAACAGUCGCUGAUGCCAGUUUGCCUUUUUUUUUCCAUGCACUGCCUUCCUACAUUCAACCUCAGCGAUCGUUGCCAGCCUAACUCUCAUCACGUGAGAGCAAACGUUUAUUUUGGAUGGUCGUGUGCCUGCCUGUAAAUGUGUACUUGUGUGUUUAUUGUUUGUUUGUUUUUUUUACUUUUCCUCUUUGUAUGAAAAAGUGGUCAUCUGAUAAGUUUUGCAAUAACUGAUGACAAGCCUUAGCAAGCCUGUGUGCCUCAGUCAGGACCACAGAACCUUCCAUACAGCAAGGAUAGCUAAGAGACUUUUAAAGUGUGUUCUGUUUCAUACACAUGUUGUUGUUGUGUGUCUAUGACCAUUUGCUGAACUGAAUUAAUAGGCUCAUUCUUAAAGCAUGAAUUAGGGGAAAUGAGAGGAUGUUGAACAGUUUUUGUUCCUGAUUCUGCAUCUUGAGAGUGUCUAUAGUUCUGCAUGCUGUAUCUCAGCAACAGUGUGAUACAGACAACUAGAAUGGACAAGCUGUUAAUCAUCUGGAGCACCAUGGUAUGCACACAUUCAUAAUAGCUUCAACUUCAAACUCAGUGCUUCAUUUCUGCACUCAAGUACUAUAUAAGAAUAAAUACAUUAAAUGUUCUAGAUAAUUAUCCUAUUAACUUAUGUUUAAUAUGUUGUGGUGAUUAUACUGGGGCAUUGGGUAAUUCAAGUGAAUAUUAGUUAUGUGAAUGGCAUUGAGUCAGACCAAUGAGAAAUGGGGAACUGGUUGAAACAAAAACAUUUCGUGGCAGAAGAUAAGGUUUUUCUCUGCAUAUCCUCAUAUAUGCUGCCUGUCACUGCUCUACAUUUACAGUAGAAGAAGAAUUUAGCUGAAAAUAAUACUGCCUGAUUAAAAAAGUGUGCAACAACCCUGGAAAAUGACCCAUAGAGCUUAUAGGGAAAAUGCCACAUGGUGACGGAGCUGUUAGUUCCUGUUUCUAAAAAAAAACAAAAAACAAAUCUUAAACAAAAUUAUGCAAAAAUAGGAUAACCUAGAAAAUUCAGUUAUUGUUUUUCCAUGACAAUUGAUGCAAAGUAAAUACUAACCAAAAAGACAAAAAAAGCUUCUUACUAAUGUCAUAUUUCUGUUAAUCUGGAACAGCCUGGUACAGAUUAAGCAAUUAUUGUAUUUUCUUAUAAAGCAUUUCUUUGAAAAAGACUUUUGCAACUUUUUUUUUUUUUUUUUUUAAAAGCAGAAAUAAGUGUAACAAGACGCUCUCUAGUCAUCUACUUCCAGUAAUGGUUUUAAGCGAUGCUACAUUUUGUGGCUAUGCAGGGAAGCUUUGUAGCAGCAUGGGGCUGAAAAACAACUGUUUUUGCUUCUAAAAGUGGCCUGACGCCUUGCAUGGCAGCUUCUUUACAUUUCUUGUUUCUUUAAAAUUGAAGUCUGUUGUAAAGCACUUCAACACAGUCUUGAAAAUUGAAGAUGCACAUAAUGUCGCCUUAUUUUCUAUAAAUGAAGCAACCAAUUUUCAGCCUGGGAGUAUUUCUAUUUAGCAGCAGCCCACCUGGUUUAAGUUUUAAUGUCCUUGGCCGGUAAUCUUAUCUGAAUAAAUUUAGGUUUGUUGAAUUGAGGAGAGGUGAUCUCGGGGACAUAUUGUUCUAACCUGAACGCAUGCAGUUAUUCAUUGCAACCUUUACUUGCAUAAUCAUACUCACUGCUCCACAUUUGAACAAAAAUGAAGCCUUAGUUUUAAGCUUGCAAAGAACUCCUGUUUAAACAUCAGCACAAAAACUUAAACUUAGCAGAAAUCAGACAUAAAGCACUUCUCCAAAAAUCCAGUAGUAGUUCUACACAUAGGCAACAGCUCUAAAUUUUCUCCCUCUGAUAGGACCUACCUGCAGCCCCAAAUGACUCAGAUAAACAUCUGUGUCCGCACUAGCAGCACCUCCUCUCCUCUCGAAGUCACCUCAUCACCUCUGUCUCUGUGUUAUGAUGUUCUCAGAUGUUUAAGGAGGUUUGUGGUCUUCACACACAUCAGACUGCAUCGUCGCUGUUUGUGAACCUGAAAUAUCUUCACUCAUUACUGUAUGUUGGACUGAGUGAACGACGCUAUGCUGCGAUGCUAUUCCGCGCCUUGUUUUUUCUUAUAGCCUAUGGCA